AUUUGCCCUGCGUGUCUGCCAAGGGGCGUAUGUGCAUAUUCACUUGGUGGCCGUGUGGGCGUAUACUCCCGUGGAUUUGUGUGACGAUUGAGUUGUUUUUUCGCAUCGACAAAGCUUCCGAGAUCAAUGCGAAAUAUACUUACUGGACAUACGCAUGUGCAUCACAACGUCAGAAGACUCAGAACGCACUUCUCGAGUACAUGUACUAAAUUGGAUAUACUUACUACUUACACCUAUAAGUUAUGUUAUUGCCAUAGGCUAUCGUCAUCCCUCACCCAACACUCAUGUCGCGAAAAGUCGUUCUAGUAACUGGCUGUUCAAAAGGUGGGAUUGGCUUCCAUUUAUGUGAGCGUUUCGCCGAGCAGGGAUGCACCGUAUAUGCCACAUCUCGUAGGCUGGAGACAAUGACCGACUUCAAGCAUUCAGUAGAAAAGCGUGCCAUGGAUGUGACCAGCGAUGACGAUGUGAAGCUCGUCGUACAGUCUAUUCUGGAAGAGCAGGGAAAAAUCGACAUCGUUGUGAAUAAUGCCGGUGUCCUGGCCAUCGGACCGUUGCUUGAUGUAUCAUUAGAUCAGGCUAGAAAAGCUUUCGAGACCAACACGUUCUCGAUCUUGCGGGUUGCACAGGCAGUCGCACCUUCCAUGGUGGAACGCAAGCAAGGACUUAUCGUCAAUAUUGGGUCAAUUGUAGGAAACAUCCCCACUCCAUGGAAUGGAAUAUACUGCGCAACUAAGGCAGCACUUCAUGCGCUCAGCGAUACUCUGGCUAUGGAAUGUAAACCCUUCGGCGUUAAAGUGCUUCUAGUGGUACCAGGCCGCAUCCGGUCAAAUAUCAGUACCAACCAGGCAGCUGCACUCGAACUAUCCCCCACAUCCAUCUACAAACCUUACUUCGACCGGGUGUACGAACGCUUGCAUAUCAGUCAAGGAAAAGGCUGCAUGCCUACGGAUGAAUUUGCACGACGUGUAGUUGCAAAGGCGCUGAGUUCCAACCCUCCAACUUAUAUGUCACUUGGGGCCGACUCGCGUCUUUUCGCAUUCUUCCACUGGCUCCCUCGCUGGCUUGUCUUCUGGAUUUUGGGAUCGAAGAUGGUGUGGAGCAAGACCUGAGUCAUCUACAUAACUACCACAUACUUUCUCUCGUCAUGGACUGUUGCAGACGACCCAAAUGGCUGGUGAUGAAGGAACGUUCUGUACGAAUAUAAUCUUUGCCUGGUAUCCGCGACCCUGAUAGCGCUCUUAUCUGUCCCUCGUCGUAUUAAUCCCUACCCAAACCAAACUCUUCCUGCUAUGAUACAAAUUGAUACUAAGUUUUGGAACACGACAUUUGUGGGCUGUGUCUGCACUCAUUGUUGUGUAUCGCGCACUUAUUAAAGUUCGCUUCGGAGCGUCAUACAUACGUUGGCUCGUGAAGUUACGCGAUAC